AUGGAUCCAUAUUGCAAGCCAUCCCCCUCGUACACCUCACUCUCUGUCUCACCGACAUUGUUGCCAUCUCCGCCGAACAGUUCCGCUCAAUCGCCACUCACUCCGGAUGUAACUGACGAAGAACUACAGCGUAUCAGUGUUCGACAAUUGAAUCAACGCCUGCAGGCAAUGGAUCCAUAUUGCAAGCCAUCCCCCUCGUACACCUCACUCUCUGUCUCACCGACAUUGUUGCCAUCUCCGCCGAACAGUUCCGCUCAAUCGCCACUCACUCCGGAUGUAACUGACGAAGAACUACAGCGUAUCAGUGUUCGACAAUUGAAUCAACGCCUGCAGGGCCAUGACCGGCAACUGGUGACGAUGAUGAAGCAGAAACGACGAACGCUGAAGAACCGUGGCUACGCUCUGAACUGUCGUGUACGUCGAAUCCAGAACCAGCUACAGUUAGAGGCCGAUAAUAUCCAGCUCCGAGAUCAAACGCUUUCGGACAUGCAAGCACGUCUACAGUACUACGAGCCGACGUUUAUGCUCCACGACUACACGUACAUGCCAGCGACAAUGCCGAUGACAUACCAACCAAGUGCGAACUUUCUCAACUCCACCGCCACCACUGCCACCUCCAUGCCCUCGGAGAACAUCUGUUCGAUUGCUCAACAACACGAGCAGAAGAUGUUCCGUUGA